UGAAAGAUGUAGCUUAGGCAGAAUAUGAUUAUUAGUGAAGAUAGAUGCUGUGAGAAUCUAUCCAUUUGCUUGCUGAAAAGCAGCUCUCAAGGCUGUCAAACCUGGUGUCUGGUCCUGUGUGGUCAAAGCCAAAGAGAUAAAGACAUUCCCUGUGUUCCUCUCUGAGCCCUGGCCAGGCUUCCAGUGGCAUCCCAACAGAGACUGAAACCAGAUGUUCUGCAUCAGAAGUUAUGUAACUUGUUGACUCAAAACCACAAAUCUGGACCCACUUGUGUGGUUUUGGGGGAUUUCUCCCAAUUGUUGGGACAUUUUCUCCAGUUCCAUGCUGCAACAGGGGCUGCCCAGCAUCUGUGGAGCUGGAUGGUGAUCAUUGAGGAGGAGAAGGAGCUGCUGAGGGUGCAGCAUAACAGGCAGAGCAGGAGCCAGGCUGCAGCUGAGCUGGAGCAGCCCAAGGCAGGUGACACUGCUGACUAGGCCACCUUUGCCCUGAGCCAUGGCAGCUGAAAGCCCUGUGUCAGAGCCCAUGUGCCUGAUUGAGAACAGCCAGGAGAAGGGGCUGGUGGUCCGUCAGGAAGCCCUGCAGGUGCUGUCAGAGAUCACCCAGCCCGUGGUGGUGGUGGCCAUCGCAGGGCUGUACCGCACUGGCAAGUCCUACCUGAUGAACAGACUGGCUCGUGAGAGGAGAGGUUUCUCCCUGGGCUCCACUGUGCAGUCCCAGACCAAAGGUAUCUGGAUGUGGUGCCUACCUCACCCCUGCCAGCCUGGACACACGCUGGUGCUGCUGGACACUGAAGGGCUGGCAGAUGUGGAUAAGGGAGACACCCAGAAUGACACGUGGAUCUUUGUGCUGGCCGUGCUGCUCUCCAGCACCCUGGUCUACAACAGCAAAGGCACCAUUGACCAGGAAGCCAUGAACAAGCUCCACUAUGUCCUGAAGCUGACUGAGCUUGUCAAGCUGAAAGCAGCACCCCAGAGCAGUGAAGAUGAACUGAAGGACUCAGAUAAGUUUGUCCUCUUCUUCCCAACGUUUGUCUGGGCUGUGAGGGAUUUCACUCUGCAGCUGAGGAGGAACGGGCAGCCCAUCUCUGAGGACGAAUACUUGGAGAACGCCCUGAAGUUGAAGGCUGGUACCAGCCCAGAGAUCCAAAGCUACAACCAGCCCCGGGAAUGCAUCCGGCAGUUCUUUCCAGGUCGCAAGUGCUUUACAUUUUGCCCACCAGCCAAUUGGAGGGACAUGGAACACUUGGAAGAGCUUCAGGAUGAUGAAAUUGACCCUGAAUUCCAGAAGCAGGUGGAGAAUUUCUGCAUCCACAUCUGGAAAACGUCUCCACCCAAGAGUGUGCCCGGUGGGCACAUCAUAACCGGGAUCCUGCUGGGGAAGCUGUCAGUGACCUACGUGGAGGCCAUCCGGAGUGGGGCCGUGCCGUGCGUGGAGAGCGCGGUGCUGGCCCUGGCAACGGUGCAGAACACGGCCGCGGUGACAGAGGCUGCGACCUUGUACCAGGGUCUGAUGGCACAGAGGGUGAAGCUGCCCACAGAGACUCUUGAGGAGCUGCUGGAGCUGCACAGCCAGUGCGAGCGGGAGAUGCUGGAGCUGUUCAUGGCACGGGCGUUCGAGGAUGACAUUAAGACUUUCCAGACACAGCUCUUACGUCAGGUACAGGAAAUAAAAGAGAAGUUCUUAAAGGACAACGAGCAAGCAUCCCGUGAAAAGUGUGAGGCAGCUCUCAGGGACCUCUCCCAAGACACAGAGAGACAGAUCAGAGCUGGUGUCUACAGAGGUCCAGGAGGUUAUGAUCGUUUAUGUAAAGACCACCAGCGGUUUAUGACGAGAUAUCAGGCACUGCCUGGCAAGGGGGUGAAGGCUCAGGCUGUCUUGCUGGAGUUCUUGCAAAGAAGAAAGAUUCUGAUUGAAAACAUCCUCACUACAGACCCCUCCCUGACAGAGGAGGAGAAGAAGAUGAGAAGUACUGAAAUGCAGAAUACUUUAGCUGAGAUGAAAAGGAGGGUCCAGAGGAUGGAGGAGACUGAAAGGAAGCAGCAGCUGAAGAACAACGCACGUAGUUUGGAAGAGAAUGCAAACUGGCUGAGAAAGAAGCUGAAGCUCAGCUGUGAGACACAUCUGCAGGAGCAUGAUAAGAUGAUCAAACUUAAAUCAGAGGAGGAGGAUGCGCUGCGCAGGGAAGGCUUCUAUGAGAAAGCAGAGCACAUGCACACAGUGCAAAUUAAACUGGAGGAGGAAAAGAUCAGCAUCUGGAAGAGGUUCAUUAGAUGGAUCAAAGAGGUGGUAACAGACAUUUUUUACUGGUGACUACGAAUGGAGAAGUGCCAGAGUGUGUUGUGUCCCCACAUCCCACCCUGUUCAACUGAGAAAGUCCUUGCUGCAAGAUGCAGAGCAGGGAGGUGACUCCACGCUCACUUGUACCCCGCUGUCUCGUGCUUUAAUGCCAGACGCAGAGCUCAAGCCAAAGCAUUUGUGGUGCCAGGUAGUCUGAAAGUUAAAGGUAAUCCUCUUUAGGUAAAUUGGGAGGAUGUUGCUGAAGAAUUUGAGCUCUUUUCCUGUUGCUUAUUACGAUGAGCUUGUGUGGAGCCGCUUUUGGCUUGGUAACAGGGGGAGGGGGCUGCAGUGCUGGUCCCUGGAAGCAGUUCUCCAAACAUCCCCUGGCUCUGACUCACCUGCAGCCCAGCCAGGCCAGUCUGGCUCCUCUGCAUCAGCACUGAAGAAAGACAAUCUGAGCCAGAAGAGGAGGUGGAGGAGUGGCACAAGAAGGAGGUGACCUUAAGGACCCCACAGUCAGAGGAGGAGGAAGGAAGGAGGAGCGCUGGACCAGAGACCCCUCUGCAAGCCGUGGUGAGAAGGCAGCUGUGCCCCUGCAACCCAUGGAGGGCAAUGGCAGGGCUGAGAGCCACCAGCAGCUCUGAGUGAGUGACCCCAACAGGCAGAGAGUGUGUGAGGAGAGGCCAUGGAACAGGCCGUGCUGGAGCCUGCAGGUCCCAGUGACACACACAGGAGGCUGAGAGGGAUGAAUGCACAUGGAGCGGCCUGAGAGGGGCUGCUGGGUGUGUGAGGGACCCCGAGGCGGAGCAGGGGCAUGGCCAGGAGUCACCUGCCUUGGGGAGAGACAAAUGGCAGGAGCCAUGGGGAAAGGACUGACUGCAACCCCCAUUCCUUUCCCUCCCGGAGCUGUUCAUGGAGAAAGACACGGGGGUCAGGGCUGUGAGCCUGGGGAGAGGGGAAGGAUGGGGGUAAGGUGGUCUCAAAGGGCUGGUUGUGCUCUUCAUCAUUGUGCCACUCUGUUGUUUUGUAUUUGUUACCUUUUUUUGGUUUUCAUGGUUUUGGUUGGUAGUGGAUUAAAUGGUGUUUUGUUUUUCUUCCCCACUGCAGUAGUCCUGUCUGGUUUGCCAGGGGCUGGAAGUGGCAAUGCAGCCCUCCCUCUUCUUAGGGGAUUCCACAGCCUCUUACGGUUCUUAUGGUGGAUUGGGGUCCUUUUGUUUCUAGAUGGGCCUAAACCAUGACAUAAAUGCAUUCAGCCUCAACAGGGCUGGUGACAACACUGA